GAUUCUGCACGUUCGCCUGAUGGAAAGCGAGAAAAGAGGGAGCAGGACAUGUUUUCCAUCAAAAACUGGGACUCGGUUCGUUUCAUAAUCACGCAUCGGGAACAAUUACCUCGAGUAACCCUGUUCGCUUUUAAUUUCUCCAACAAAAUUAUUUUCAGCCCUAUAUAUUGUAACACUAGCUUACCGCUACAUCGGACGAAUGGAGUCCAAAACAGACAGAAACGACAUAUAGCUGGACUUGAAACGGUUUUGUUUACGUCUGGCGCGGAGGUCUGCAAGCAUCGCUUCUGUCCCACGUCGACUGUGCAAAUGAGGGAUCUGUCCUCUGUUGCUGCCGCGCCGAAAGGCCUGGAAGACUCGGCCGCUGUUCUCAAAGGGAACCAGACUCCAAAGGAAGCCUCAGCCAAGGUCCCUGAGGAGCCCAAGGUACCAGAGCCCGAAGAGGACAAACCCAGCAAGGCCCAGCAGCUGAAGAAGGUGUUUAAGGAGUACGGAGCAGUGGGCGUGUCCUUCCACGUAUGCAUCUCCCUCAUGUCUCUGGGAAUGUUCUACCUUGCUGUGUCUAGUGGGAUUGACAUGGCUGCCAUCCUGUACAAGAUAGGUUUUAGUGAAUCUCUGCUUCAGUCCAAGUUGGCGGCGGGGACCAGUACAUUUGUCUUGGCGUACGCCGUCCACAAGCUCUUCGCUCCUCUCCGAAUCAGCAUUACUUUGGUGUCGGUACCUCUCCUCGUUCGGUACCUCAGAAAGACUGGCCUCUUCAAGACCCCCAACUCACCCACACCCUGAUUGGCAGACACCACCACCUCCCCCACAGCCUGAUUGACAAGCACCACCACCUCACCCACACCCUGAUUGCCAGGCACCACCACAUCACCCACAGCCUGAUUGGCAGGCACCACCACCUCACCACACCCUGAUUGGCAGGCACCACCACAUCACCCACAGCCUGAUUGGCAGGCACCACCACCACCUCACCCACAACCUGAUUGGCAGGCACCACCACCACAUCACCCACACCCUGAUUGGCAGGCACCACCACAUCACCCACACCCUGAUUGGCAGACCUCACCACCUCACCCACAGCCUGAUUGGCAGACACCACCACCUCACCCACACCCUGAUUGGCAGACCUCACCACCUCACCCACAGCCUGAUUGGCAGGCACCACC